AUGAGGAAUGACGUCAUGCAUGAAGUUGCUGGCGAUGCUGUCAACCCCAUGAAGUUUGAUGAAAUUGUCAAAGCCCUGCAUGAUGUGAUAGAUGAAGCUGGCAAUGUGUACAGCAUCCCUGUUGAUGAAGUAAUGAGUCUCAAAACCCAGGUAGAUGGCAUGUGGGAUGAAGUGCGCACAGAUAAUGAAAAAGCUAAGGCUUAUUGUUGCUUCUUCCUUCACACUUUUGGAAAAAAGGAAGCCAAAGUCAUGUGGGAAGCGAUGUUGUCCGAAGAGACUCUUCUCUUCAGCGAGGACAAAGUUGAACGCUCUAAAGUUUUCCAUUCCAUGGAACUGACGAUACAGAAACCUGGUCUACAAGCAGGCAGGAUCUCCUACAAAGAACUACUCUGUAACACAGACAAAAAGUUCAUUUUAAUCAGUGGUGCGUCUGGGUCUGGAAAAUCUACUCUUGUGAAGAACUUGGUGAUACAGUUCCAUGGCAUAUCAGAUGCAAAUGUAGAGAUGAUAAAUUUGAAGAGUUUCAGUUUGAUACUUAUAUAUGAGUGUAGGAACAGGUCCAUUAAACAAUUCAGCGCAGUAGUACACCAGAAUUUUAAGAAUGUUUGUCUGAAACUCGGCCCAGAAACUGUUGUACAGGCAAUCACCCAUUCAAACCCUAUAAUUCUUGUUGAUGGUUACGAUGAAUGUCAUGAAGACUCGUUUGAAGUUGUGGAUCAGUUGGUGAACGAAAUGAAAUACCACGAAUGCCGGGUGAUCAUAACUACCAGGCCAAGCCACUUUGAGGAACUAAAGAACCAUUUGAAACAAAAACUCGUGGCGUUUCAGGACUAUGAAAUUUCUGAAAUUUCUGACAUAGAAGACCAAAAGAGAUUUCUGGAAAAGUAUGAAAAGCAUGUCAAUCCGCAUGCUCAUGAAGUUGUAAAGACCUUCAGCUCCCUUGAACGGAAAAUCCAAGAACUUUUUGUCCAUCCCAUUUAUCUGGUACUCUUCUGCCAAUUGGUCUGGAAUUUUCCUGAAAGGAUUAAUAAUUGGACAUCCCAUGCUGCGGUAGCUCAUGACAUUUAUCGUCUUUACAGGAAAAUGAUUGAGUCGAAACUGGCUUCCUACUCCAUUGUCGACAAAGACGGUCUGGUCGACGACUUCUUCCGGGACGUUGCCAAUUUCUCCUUGCAGACCAUUGCUGAAAACCUAGUGGUUUUCUCAGAAGAACAAGUUGGAGAGUUGAAGAGUAGUUUUAGGAAAACACUUGGGGAGUAUGGAGCACGCAGCAAACUCGACCCUAAAGCUCUUUUGGGAGUCGUCUUGAAAAUGAAAAGGCAUCUGAAUGAUUUUGAUUCCUGUACGUACUUUUUUCAUCACAAAAGCAUCCAGGAACUGUUUGCUUCUAAGUCUGUCAUUAAAGAACUCCGUAAGAAAAAGUGUUUGCCGUCCGUCCUGCAGGGCGAAUCACAUGCGAGUCAAAAUUUACAGGGUGUGCUGGCAUGCGUUUUAAUUGAGCUGAGUGCUGUUGAGAACUCAAAUGUCUUCAAACGUAACUGGCAUCGCCUGAAGGACGCUGCAAAAGCGGUAGGAGCUGACAAGAAGUUCUGGCAGCAAGUGCUGCUGAGCAGCCCCCACUCCCAGCAAGUGGCUAAAGAGACUGCCAGAGUCUACAUGGCCCACAACAAGGAGUGGUACAUUGGUUCAGGUCGCGAUGCUGCCACCGUUGCACUGCUGCUGCUCCACCAGCAGCCAGCGAGGCUCUGCGCCAGCCUCCUAGACGCCCCAGCGCCCGAGUCUUGGCGCCAGGUUGCUCAAACAUUCAAAAGAGUUUUGGAGCUGCGACUUCUGAGUGAAGUCGACGACUCACGACCAUGUGACCACAUGCUGGAAGCCUUGAGCUCUUCAAGGUGCUGUGUUGUAGUGGUUUUUGCUAAGGGAACAUUUUAA